CCGUAGGCGUCCCCAAUUGAGCAUUGACGCCACAAGUGGGGGCCAUUUCAGAACCAACUAGACUUACAUCCGAGCCUUUCUGGUUUCAGCUUGCUCUCUGCCUUGCGAUACUCACCUGGACGCGAUCCCCAGCUCGGCCGCCUUAAAUAAUAGUUAUUUCCGUAUCACCAGGGAUUCUUUGAGUCUUGAAAUGGGCGCAGUCGAUCUUCUUCUUGGGCCCAUGCUCCUUGGCCUCACCCUCAACGGUUUGCUUAUGGGAUCGCUCUUUAUUCAAUACUUCAACUACUUUACUGUGUCUGCCAAAAGGGAUCCUGCCUGGCUGAAAUACACAGUCGCUUUCCUAAUGAUUGCUGACAUCGUGAAUUUUGUUUUUGACUUCACUUUUGUCUGGCAGUACACGAUCACCCACUUCGGCGAUUUUGAAUACAUUCAGAGAAGUACAUGGGUCUUUAACACUGACCCCGUCAUGACGGUCAUAAUCUCCACUACUGUGCAAAGUUUCUACGCGUGGCGCGUUAGGAAACUUACAGGCCACACCUGGCUCUACGUGCUGCUCUUCGUCUCUGCGUCUAUCCAAUUCUUGAGCGGGCUCGGGACAACCAUUGGUUGUUCUAUCGUGAAAGACUUCUAUAGAUUCCAAUCGUUCCGUUCCGUCGUUAUUGUUUGGCUUACCCUUUCAGCUGUCACGGAUAUUGCCAUUGCUGCUAUUAUGGUCGAGUAUCUACGCACUCACCGUACGGGGAUUCAAAAAACCGAAGAUGCUAUUACCAGACUGGUUCGAUUCACUAUCCAAACUGGUGCCCUCACCUCGAUUUGGGCCAUCGUUGAUCUCAUUGUCUACCUAAGCUUUAACAAUACUCUGCAUCUCAUAUUCAACAUGAGUCUUUCCAAACUCUACUCCAACUCUUGCCUCUCCUCCUUAAAUUCGCGCGCCGCUUGGACCGAAAGUGUUACUCAAAGCGAGAAGAAUCUUGGACAUGGCGUGUCCAUCAUGACGACCUCCGUUAUGCAUCAUGACAGCAUCGAACUUGACCAGACAGCUAACUCUUCCUCCAGCCAUGUGCAGCGCCAACUCCGUCACGCUCUCAAUUCACGUCGCCUAAGUAAUAUCCCUGAUACGCGUGCUUCUCAUCCGAAAGGACUCCAGUUACGUCCCCAGGAAUCCAGCGUAAGCGAAUAUGACCAGGACCAAGGCGACUUCAUCAUGGAUGAGUCUAAGACCGAGAAUAGUGAACCUGGAGCCCUUUCUUUUCAGGAAAUCGAAUCUAAGCCUCACCUUCGAGAUGACGAUCCAGACCUGCUCUCUCCUACGCUCACCAAUCUCAGUGUUGAGGGUUAUAAAUCCCCUAGGAUCUGACCACACCGUUCCUUGCCUUCUUGUCACGCCCUUGAUUCGGGGUUCGACUUCGCCAUUCCACUGGUACUCGGCCACUUAUAAUUCCAAACUCAUCUGAACUUUGUUCGGUCCAUGUCCUUUGUUCUUGUCUCGCAAGCACCCUCGACUCCUCACGGAUUAUACCAGCUUCGCUUACGCUCAUCGCUCU